CUUAGUGAAAUAUUGGUCAUUUUAAUGUUGUGUCGCGCCUAGCUCCAAAAGUAUUUGACCUAGAGUCACCAAAGUUUACAGGAAUGUUGGUCAGCAUGUGUAGAUGUGCACCUGGGGUUUUGCGUCCAGAUUCAUUCAGUCAUGUAGAAGUUACGGCUCCUGACUUAGUUAAAAAUUGGUCAUUUUAAUGUUGUGUUGCACGUAGCUUCAAAAGUAUUUGACCUAGAGUCACCAAAGUUUACAGGAAUGUUGGUCAGCAUGUGCAGUUGUGCACCUGGGGUUUCGCGUCCAGAUUCAUUCAGUUUUGUAGGAGUUACUGCCCCUGACCUAGGAAAAAAAUUGUCAUUUUAAUGUUUUGUCGUGCGUAGCUCUGAAAAUAUUUUACCUACAGUCAUUACGAAGAGAAAUGAGUUGUUUUGACAGCAUCAGCAUAAAUACACACAUUUUAAAUAGCAACAUAUUGUUUUCCCAAAGUUGAUCUGUGUCCUUUGUCAUGUAGUGGGGGCAUCUGUGUCCCAUGGACACAUUUCUAGUUUUUUUUGUUGUUGUUUUUUUUUGUUUCAACAUAAAAUUUGAAGUUCUAUGAAAUAUAUCCACUUAUAUAAUGAUUAUUUCAGAGGAUAAAGGAAAUGAUUCUGGGGAGGUGGAGGAGCCCGACGAUGUUUCGGAAAGAAGUACCACACAGUUGGUAGAAUCUUUGAAGAAAAUGUCUUCAGCCAGCAAGUCGGCAUCUGUUCGGCAGAUGUUAAGGCUUACCUUGAACGAGCGUGUGGGAAAACUUCAAAAUAUGCCAGAGAAAGGCAGAUUUCAGGAGUUACAGAAGAUGUUUCCAGUGUUCCAAAAAUCAGAAUUUGUAAUCUACAACAUGAUAAUUCAGCUGCCAGACAAAAAUACAUGCAUUGAAGAGCUGAUGUCGAGGGUUGUUGAGCUGGCAGACAGCAUAUUGGAUUAUGUUAGUUCAAAAGGGGCUUUGAAGUUUAGCCGCUCCCUACUCAAAACAGAUGCAAAAGUCUGCCAGCCUCAGUUCAUAGUUUUGAAAGAAAUACAACAUUUCAUUAACGUGAUUGUAACAGCACCUAACUUGAGUGCUGCAAUUCAAGUUUUACUUUUGGAAGCCUUCACAACGGAAGAGCUGACAUCUUGCAGUGUGAUGGGGGCUCGAAGUAUGAAAGGGGAAACAAAGCCAGCCCUGGAUCAUAAAAAAAGAAGUUUGAUAGAAGUUUUACUUUCAAAAGCAUUCAAAACGGAAGAGCUGACAUCUUGCAGUGUGAUGGGGGCUCGAAAUAUGAAAGGAGAAACAAAGCCAGCCCUGGAUCAUAAAAAAAGAAGUUCAAUAAAAGCUGCACUCCUGGAAAAAUACGAUUCCAACUUGACUACUUUGAGGAACCUCAUGAGGGACAGGCUCAAGUUGAUGAGAAAAAGGCACCUUUAA